GCUCGCUUCAUAUUCAAGGUGCGGCUUCGCUCAACAGGUGUCUGAGUCAGGGCAACGGCUCUUAACGGAUUGUUUUUUUUGUUAAUUUAACUUCAAAGGAUUUUGAAUCAGAGCUCGUUCGGAAAGCGAUCCGUAACUGUUUGCUGAACUGCUGCUUUUAGACAUAGUUUAUCUUUUCAGUUAAUUGCGAGAAGAUGGCAAAUAAAGGACUGCAGCUCCUGGGAUUUACUCUGUCGCUUUUGGGCUUGAUCGGGCUCAUCGUUGGCACAAUCUUACCUCAGUGGAAGAUGUCCGCCUACGUUGGAGAUAACAUAAUCACAGCCAUAGCGAUGUAUCAAGGACUUUGGAUGUCGUGCGCUUUCCAGAGCACCGGGCAAAUGCAGUGCAAGGUGUACGACUCCAUCCUACAACUCGAUAGUUCUCUCCAGGCAACUCGUGCCCUGAUGAUCGUAGCAAUCCUCCUCUCGGUGGCAGGACUGGGUGUGGCCAGCAUGGGCAUGAAAUGCACUAACUGUGGUGGCGAUGACAAGGUCAAAAAGUCCCGCAUUGCCAUGACAGGCGGCAUAAUCCUCAUUGUUGGAGCCCUCUGUAGCAUCGUCGCCUGUGGCUGGUUUACGAAUCAAAUCGUCCGGGACUUCUACAACCCCUUCACGCCAGUCAACACAAAGUACGAGUUCGGUGCAGCCAUUUUCAUCGCCUGGGCAGGUGCGUUCUUGGACGUAAUGGGUGGAGGCAUGUUGGCCGCUUCCUGCCCAAAGGGUAAAUCAUCUCCCAAGUACCCCAAGUCCUCCAGACCCCCCAGCAGCAGCAAGGAGUACGUUUGAGCCAUGGCGGCAGCUUACAAGCUGGAGAAGAUCAUGAGAAUCACAGAGCAUCUGUAGAAGUUUCCCUAGUCAGCUGAUCUCAGAUCUGUUUAGGUUAUAAUUUCUUGUAUUGUGUUCCACUUAGAAUAGAACAAAUGGCUAAGAUCAGUGACCCUGGGAAAUUUUUACUCGUGCUCCAAUACAGCAGCCCACCUCAGAAAAAGAGGUCACUUCUGUUUCUUUCUUUUGAUAAGCACCAAGUCUGUUUUUUUUUCCCUUUUAUAAAUCCUGUUACUGAUGUGGGUUUGGAAAGAGGGGGUUCUUCCCCAGUAUGUUCCUCAUUUCAUAAGACUGCCAUGUUUAGUGAACCAUUAAAGAAAGAGGCAUGCUCAGGGAAAAAUCAUCACUUGUACCACUCAUUAGCACACAAUUUCUAUUGUAAAGCCAUGUCCUGACCUCAACUGUCUUGCUUGCUUUGUGCCAGACACUGAGGUGAAUGACAAGAACAACUUUUUUUAGUUUUUAUUUCUUUUUAAGAGCCAAAGCCAACAUGCAAAUUUCUGGUCCACUUUGCUGCAUAAAGGCAGGUGACUGACGUACCAGACCUUCUCUUUUUAAACAUUACUUCACUUUAUACAAAUCAUCUGAGGGAAGUUUUUGAAAGGAAGUAGUAAAGUACUGAACUACUGAAAGUGAACUGUAAUUGAAUCAAGUGGUAUGUUGAUGGAAUUUGUCUGAAAAUGCUGGCAUGCUUAGAGAGCUAGACUGAAACUAGGUGGAUAAACAAAAGCUUCACUUGGUUUGGGUGAGGCUAAAGCUAAAGAAACGAAAGCACUAAACCUAAAAUCAGUUUUUUUUGGGUGGGUUAAUCAAAGAAACUUACUUAAUUGAAUGUUAUUUAUGCAAAGUGAAUUUUUUUAGUUGCUUUUGCGCUCCAGCUUCUCAGUGCCCUUCCUACACAGCCUCGCAAUCAAUUUGUACAUAUUUUACGAGGUGGAUAUCAUACAACCUCAUGGGUAGGCUUAGGGACGGGGUUAGCUGUAGGUCAUUCGUACAAAUGCAUACAAAUUGUCAACUCAUGCGUACUAUUCAGCAAAAAUCCUAUGAAUACGUACGAGUGAAAUUGUACAACUUAGCCACCUUGUCAAAUAUUUAUGAUUUGCAGUAGGAUCAGGCUGGUUUUUUCCUUUUAUUGAGCUAAUGUUACAAUCUUUUGACACUCCUUUCUUGUUUUAUACACUCCAUUUAUUGUUCAGGAUUAAAGGGUGUAGAUAUUUCUCCCAAUUGAUCACAGCUGGUUACUAUCCAAGACUUGCAUGAAUUACGCAUCUCUUUCCACCCACAGCAAUAUGUAUGUAUGUUACAUGCAAAAACCGGUCCUCUAUAUCUGUUUGGUUUUUUUCUUUGGUCUUUGUGAAUAGACCACUUGAGGUGGGUUGCCCUCAAGUCUAUUUAGGAUAGUCAUAUUAUAUUUGUAACCAGCUUAUGCAAAUAUUUAACUUUUUGAAACGUUUUUGACUGUUCGGUUUGCAAUAUAAGAAAUUUUAUGUAAAUAAAUUUUUUAAAACAAGA